CACCGUUUGAAAAACCGCGGGAAACAGACGACACGCACUUUCUCCUGCUUCGUUUAAUAUUUCAACUCACAUAAGAAACACUGACUUGCUAACAUCACUCUUGAUCAUCAUCGCCAUGAGUAAUAAUGGCAUUUUGAAAUCCUUUGAGAAAAAGCAGCCUGGGAGUAACACUGGAGAUAGAAGGGCGUCACAAACUGCUGACAAUGCUCAGGAAAGAACAAACCGUUUCUGUAAGGAGAAAGUGGAAGAAGGACAAUCAAAAAGUCAUCUGCAGCAGAGUGCUGAAGGGCAAAGCCACACUUUUGAUUUCCGCUACAAACGUGAGAAAUAUGCAGUGGCGUGUGAUACAUCCAAGACUGUGCUCGAUGCUCUUAAUACAAACAAGACUUUCAGAAAGAUUCAAAAAGACAACAAGGAGAAAGAAAUGGUGAUCCAGAGAUCCAAAGGAGCAGUUCCUAGAGCGGCUGUCAAGACCGAUUUCCCCUGCUGUCUUAUUGAAAGCCAUGAGCUCUUAGACAUAUCCUUCAUUAAAAAUCAUGGAAAUGUUGCUACAAAGAAAAAAACAACUGGAAGGCUUUCAUUCUCCAAUGAAUCAAAAAGCUUAGUGAUAUUUUACAUUAAAACAAAAGGAGGGAAGAAAGUGACACGCUUAAUGAAAAACAAUGAGCUAAAGAAGAAGGUUGAAGAUGUUUGUGUGUACGCGUUCAAAGAAGACAAACUGAAUGCUGCUCUUCGGCAUGACGGACGAUUCAUCAAUGCCAUAUUCAAGAAACAGUGUGCACUCUAUAACUUGGAGAGCGAGACAAAAUAUGAAAUGUCAAAGACCGUAGAGCAUCUGGAUGGAAAUCAUUUUGAGAUCAUUGUUAUCAGUGACAACAACCAGCCAGAUAGCCAAGAUUUUCAAGAUGGUGUCUUGAGUGAUGACAGCACUGAAAUGAAAGAAGCUUCAGCCGCUGAUUUGAAAGAAAUUGUUGAUCAUAAUGAACAUCCCAUCAAAACUGAACAAGAAGAAACACAGAAGAGAAACACAAUGAAAUCCACAAAUCCUUCAACUAAUUCUCCUGAAAUAAUUCCACACUCCAAAGAGAUUCUAGCAAUUCUUCGUGCUCAGUUUAAAGAUUUACUGGAGACAUUAAAGAAGAGAGAGAACCUGAAGAACAAAUCUGAUAUCCAAAAGUUCUUUAGAACAGAAUAUGAUAAAAGUGUUCAGAGUUUCUCUGAGGUGUAUAAAAUAAAGCAGCUCAUGAGACUCUCUGACUCUGUGUGUCAGAUUCGAGUGGAGGGAUCCGCCAGAGGAACUGGCUUCUUACUCUUUGGGCGAUUUGUUCUAACUAAUGCACAUGUUGUUAAGGAAGUUCUUGAGUCUCCAGACAAGCUUUCUUCUACAAGGAAAUUAGAAGCUGCAUUUGAUUUUGAACGUCUGGACUCAAAGGUGAAGCUGGUGCCAGUCAAGAAACAGCUUGCUGCUUACUGUUACAUAACAGAUGCCAAUAAAUGCCGUCUUGACUUUGCUCUUCUUGAACUGGAUGCUGUUGAUGAAAUCAAAGGCCGUCCUGAGUUGCUCAGCUAUUACAGUCCUGGCCCCCCUCCUAAAAGUGGUGAGAUGUGCAUUGUGGGACAUCCAGAUGGUGGGAUUAAGAAAACGGACCCCUGCUUCAUCAUUGAGAGAGAAAAUCUACAAGAGGCUGCCGAUAAACACAUCUCUGAGAAUGUCAAUUUCAUACAUGUGAUGACACAGAAGAGUGUUGAAGAUAAAUGGGAUGUUUAUAAAAACCAGAUUAAUUAUAACUCUUGUUUCUUUCAUGGAUCUUCUGGCUCUCCAGUUUUUGAUGAACACUGCUAUCUGAUUGGCGUGCACACCGGUGGAUAUGUGUACCCAGGAGAAAAGGGUAGAACUAGAAGCAUUGUGGAAUACACCUAUUCCAUGCAGCCCAUCCUUGAUAUGAUCAGAGGACAGGCUAAUAUAAAAGGUUUGCAUGAGGUAGUCAAUACCUUAGAAGCCUACAGAAAUAAAAGCAAUGAGUCUGGGACUGCAGAGCAGGAGAAUCAGACCGACUGCGAGAUGGAAGAUACUGAUUGAAGUCCACACAUCUUUGGGUGACGACUGCAAUGGUUUCAAUUCUGAAAGAUUUUUUAAAUGUCAUUAUGGGUUUUAACUUUUCAUAUAAUUUUUAGAGAUGGCAUGUUUAAAAGCCGAAAUUACACCCGGUUUCUCUUAUUUUUGAUAAAUGUAAAGUCAUGUAUCUUAUGGGUGAUAGUGGGUUCAUUCAUUUGGUUGAGACUAAAAUAAGUUUAUAGCUCAUUCUUUAUUGUAUUUUCUUUACUCUGUUAUUCAUACAUACUUGUGUAUUCAUAUAUCCAUUCACAAUAAUUUCACUCAUACAGCAAAUCAUUCAUUCAUAUAUCUUCAUAUCCAUGUUUAUAUUCUUUUUACUUUAUAUCUUAUGUUGAUGUUUUAUGCUGAUUUCACAUAGCUUAAUAUUUUGUCUUUGCUGUAAGGGACCAUGUUCAAGCUUCCACAUCAAAUCAUCUUUGAAUCACACAGAUACACCAAAUUAACUGAUUUGACAGAAUUGCUGUAAUAAGAAAGAACAAUACACAAUCAGAUGUGUAUCUCCACUGAGAUGCAUAUUAGAAUGACAUCUUUGAGGGUUAAUUCCAAGACUCAAGCAGCAAACCCCAGAUCACUGUUCUUCAUAUUUUCUUGCUGAAUGUAGAUG